AUGACGCUGGCAAGGAAGCGCUCUAAGGAGAAGGCCAUCGAGCGGGCCAAGGCGAAGGCCGAGGCGAAGGCCAAGCGGGAGCUGCCACCCCAGGAGCGACCGAUGACCAUCGCCAACAUCGUCGGGUCCUUUCACUUGGGCGUCAAGAUCGAUCUCAAGGAGCUGGUGCUCAAGGCGCGCAACGUCGCGUACAACCCGCGGCGGUUCAGCGGCGCGUCCAUGCGCCUCCAAGACCCCAAGGCAACCGGCGUCUUCUUCUGCUCUGGCAAGGUCGUCAUGCUCGGGCUCACGUCGGAAGAAGCGUUCCGGACGACCGCCAGCCGCCUUCUCAGCAUCGUCCAGAAAAUCGGCUACACAGAUGCAGAUAUUCACUACCUGAUGAUCCACAACGUCACGGCGUCCGGCUGCGUCGGGUAUCGCAUCCGCCUCGAGGGCCUCCACAACGAACACUACCAAUUUAGCACGUACGAGCCCGAGCUCUUCCAUGGCCUCUACUAUCGCAUGAUGGAGCCCCGCGUGUGCUUUAUCAUCUUUGUCACCGGCACUGUGACCGCAUGCGGCGCCGAGUCGUGGGAUGACGUACUCGAAGGCUUUGAGAAGCUGCUGCCAGCGCUCGAACAGUUCCGGCUCCGUCCCACUUAG